AGUCGGCGGAGCGCACAGCGGCGGCGGCGAGACAAGGGCGUCCUGAGGACGAGAGAAAAGUUCUCUCCACCACCUCCUUCUUCCGGCCGUCGCCUCCGUGGGAGCGCUUUCGAAGCUUUAAAGAAGAGGAACGGGCAUUUGGUCGUCCGAGCCGAUCUCGGCGUUGGCGAGGAGCUAGACGAGGGCCUGAUUGUAAAGAAAGAUUGAUUCUUUGGGCACGAAGUGGAUACUGGCUCCGGCGGCAAGCUUGGAUUUUUGAUUAGGGCCCGGGAGGACUUCGAGAAGCUUUUCGAGGUUCUGACAUCGUCGGGAUCUGAAGAUGGCAACCCAGCCCAAUAUUGCCGUGGGAUCUGAGGUCUGGGUCGAAGAUCCUGAUGUGGCUUGGAUAGAUGGGGAAGUUUUGGAUGUCAAAAGGGACGAAAUCACCAUUAGCUGUAGUUCUGGAAAGACGGUGACUGCCAAAACUUUGAAGGUUCAUCCUAAGGAUCCUGAGGCCGCACCUGGUGGGGUGGAUGACAUGACAAAGCUUGCUUAUUUGCAUGAACCUGGAGUUUUACAGAACUUAAGAUCUAGAUAUGACAUGAAUGAAAUCUAUACCUAUACUGGAAACAUAUUGAUCGCUGUCAAUCCUUUCCGAAGGCUGCCUCAUCUCUAUGAUAGCCACAUGAUGGAACAAUACAAAGGGGCAGUUUUUGGUGAGCUAAGUCCUCAUCCAUUUGCUGUUGCAGAUGCUGCAUACCGGCAGAUGAUAAAUGAGGGAGUAAGCCAAUCAAUUUUGGUAAGUGGAGAAAGUGGAGCAGGUAAAACAGAAAGCACCAAAAUGCUUAUGCGGUAUCUUGCAUACAUGGGAGGUAGAGUUGCAUCUGAAGGCCGAACUGUCGAGCAACAAGUGUUGCAGUCGAAUCCUGUUCUUGAAGCAUUUGGGAAUGCAAAGACAGUUAGAAACAACAAUUCAAGUCGUUUUGGCAAGUUUGUUGAGAUUCAGUUUGAUCAGAGUGGAAGGAUCUCCGGAGCUGCCAUUCGAACUUACCUUCUUGAGAGAUCUCGGGUCUGCCAAGUAUCUGAUCCUGAGAGAAAUUAUCAUUGUUUUUACAUGCUUUGUGCAGCUCCACCAGAGGAUAUAGGAAGAUUUAAACUGGGAAGUCCUAGAACAUUUCACUAUCUUAACCAGUCUAAGUGCUAUGAGCUUGAUGGAGUAGAUGAUGCAAAAGAGUACCUGGAAACUAAAAACGCUAUGGAUAUUAUUGGAAUAACUGCUGAUGAACAGGAUGCCAUUUUCCGGGUUGUGGCUGCUAUUCUUCAUUUAGGGAAUGUUGAGUUUGCAGAUGGAAAGGAAAUAGACUCAUCACAGCCAAAAGAUGAAAAAUCUUGGUUUCAUUUGAGAACUGCUGCUGAACUUUUAAUGUGUGAUGUAAAUGCACUCGAGGAUUCUUUGUGUACGCGUGUUAUUGUAACCCGUGAUGAGAACAUAGUAAAAACCUUGGAUUUGGCAGCUGCUGUGCUUAGUAGGGAUGCCCUUGCAAAAAUCAUAUAUUCACGACUUUUUGAUUGGCUUGUAAACAAAAUCAACAAUUCGAUUGGUCAAGAUCCUGAUUCAAAGAACUUAAUUGGAGUUCUGGACAUAUAUGGCUUUGAAAGUUUCAAGACAAACAGCUUUGAGCAGUUCUGCAUCAAUCUGACAAAUGAAAAAUUGCAGCAACAUUUUAACCAGCAUGUUUUUAAAAUGGAGCAAGAAGAAUAUACAAAAGAAGAAAUCGAUUGGAGUUACAUUGAAUUUGUUGAUAAUCAGGAUAUUCUUGAUCUGAUCGAAAAGAAACCUGGUGGAAUAAUUGCUCUUCUUGAUGAAGCUUGCAUGUUACCCAGAUCAACGCAUGAAACAUUUGCUCAGAAGUUGUACCAGUCCUUCAAAAACAAUAAGCGGUUCAGCAAGCCAAAAUUAUCACGCUCUGAUUUUAUAAUUUCCCACUAUGCUGGUGAUGUCACCUACCAGACAGAAUUUUUCUUGGACAAGAACAAAGAUUAUGUUGUUGCUGAGCACCAGGCACUCUUGACGGCCUCUAAAUGUUCUUUUGUUUCAAGCCUAUUUCCUCCUCUCUCUGAGGAUGCAUCAAAAUCCUCAAAAUUUUCAUCAAUUGGCGCUAGAUUUAAGCAACAAUUACAGGCUCUGCUAGAAACUCUAAGUGCCACUGAGCCACACUAUAUUCGUUGUGUGAAACCAAAUAAUCUUCUGAAGCCAGCAAUUUAUGAGAAUCAUAAUGUUCUCCAGCAGCUACGUUGUGGGGGGGUGAUGGAGGCAAUUAGGAUAAGUUGUGCUGGAUAUCCAACUAGACGAACAUUUGAUGAAUUCAUAGACCGUUUUGGCAUCCUUGCACCUGAAGUUUUCGAUGGAAGUUGUGAUGAGGUAGCUGUCUCAAAGAAGUUGUUAGGAAAAGUGAAUCUCAAAGGCUAUCAGAUAGGAAAGACGAAGGUGUUUCUUCGAGCUGGACAGAUGGCUGAACUUGAUGCCCUUAGAAAUGAAGUCUUAGGGAGAUCUGCUAACUUAAUUCAAAGAAAAGUUCGAUCAUACUUGUCCCGUAGAAGUUUCAUUUUGCUGAAAAAGUCUGCCAUAAUGAUUCAAACAAUAUGCAGAGGACAACAUGCAAGGCAAAUUUAUGAGAUCAAGCGGAAAGAAGCUGCUGCACUUAGGAUUCAGACAUAUUUUCGUGUGCAUUUUGCAAGAAAAACUUACAAGGAGUUGUUAUAUUCAUCUAUCACAAUUCAAGCUGGUUUACGUGGGAUGACUGCUCGUAAGGAGCUUCGUUUCAGGCAACAGACAAAAGCUGCAACCAUUAUUCAGAGUCGAUGCCGCCAAUACUUGGCAUGUUUGCAUUAUUCAAGAAUGAAGAAAGCAGCAAUCACUACUCAAUGUUCAUGGAGAGGAAGAGUUGCGAGAAGUGAACUGCGGAAAUUAAAAAUGGCUGCAAGAGAAACCGGUGCCCUUCAAGCUGCUAAAAAUAAGUUAGAAAAGCAAGUUGAGGAACUUACAUGGCGUCUACAGCUGGAGAAACGCAUACGGGCGGAUAUGGAAGAAGCUAAAACACAGGAGAAUGCAAAACUGCAAGCUGCUUUGCAGGAGAUGCAACAAAAAUUUGAUGAAACAAAAGCUUUGCUAGUAAAAGAACAGGAGGCUGCCAAGCAGGCUGCUGAACAAGUUCCUGUCGUUAAAGAAAUCCCAGUUAUUGAUACAGUUCUUAUGGAUAAGCUUAGGGAUGAGAAUGAGAAGCUUAAGGCUUUAGUGAGUUCUCUUGAAAUGAAGAUUGAUGAAUCUGAGAAGAAGUAUGAAGAAACAAGCAGAAUUAGUGAGGAAAGGCUGAAGAAGGCAACGGAGGCAGAAUCUAAGAUCGUUAACCUCAACAGUGCAAUUGAAAGGCUUCAAGAGAAACUAUCUAACCUGGAGUCAGAGGAUCAGAUUCUUCGGCAGCAGGCUAUGUUGCAUUCACCAAUAAAACGCAUGUCAGAACAUUUAUCAAUUCCAGUCACUCCUACCAAUCAGAAUUUGGAAAAUGGUCACCAUGAUUUCCAAGAGCCUAAGGAAGUUCAGAGUGCACCUCCUGCUGUCAAUGAUUAUGCAAAUGGUGGUACCAAGUUAAAUAGACCCUCCAUCGAGAGGCAGCAGGAAGAUGUUGAUGCCCUUAUUAAUUGUGUCUCUAAAAAUAUCGGAUUUAGUGAAGGAAAGCCAGUAUCUGCAUUCACAAUCUACAAAUGUCUUAUUCAUUGGAAAUCAUUUGAAGCAGAAAAGACUAGUGUUUUUGAUCAUCUUAUACAGAUGAUCGGUUCUGCAAUUGAGGAUGAGCAUGACAAUGACCAUCUUGCAUACUGGCUAUCAAAUGGUUCUACUUUGUUAUUCCUGCUGCAACGAAGUCUUAAAGUUGCUGGUGCAGUUGGGAGUACUGCACAACGAAAACCUCCUGCGCCAACAUCAUUUUUUGGGAGAAUGACUCAAAGUUUUCGCUCCUCAUCUUCUGUAAGCCUUGCUGUGGAUGGACUAUCUGUUGUGCGCCAAGUUGAGGCAAAGUAUCCUGCCUUGCUUUUCAAGCAGCAGCUAACAGCUUAUGUGGAGAAGAUAUAUGGAAUUAUCCGUGAUAAUGUGAAAAAGGAUUUAUCUUCCUUGCUAUCGUUAUGCAUCCAGGCCCCAAGAACAACAAGGGCAAGUAUGCUGCGAGGUGUUGGGCGUUCACCUCGUCAGACACAAGGGAACCAUUGGCAGAACAUCAUUGAGAGACUCGAUAACCUCCUUAAAACAAUGCAAGAAAAUUAUGUACCUCUUGUUCUAAUUCAGAAGAUGUACACACAAAUUUUCUCAUUCAUCAACGUACAAGUUUUUAACAGUCUGCUUCUUCGUCGUGAGUGUUGCUCUUUUAGCAACGGAGAGUAUGUGAAAUCUGGUCUAGGUGAACUGGAACUAUGGUGUACAAAAACAAAACCUCAGUACACAGGUUUGUCUUGGGAUGAACUUAAGCACAUUAGACAAGCUGUUGGUUUCUUGGUGAUAUUUCAGAAGUAUAGGAUUUCAUAUGAUGAGAUUGUGAACGAUCUCUGCCCAGUUCUUAGUGUCCAGCAGCUCUAUAGAAUUUGCAUUCAGUACUGGGAUGACAAGUACAAUACAAAAAGCGUCUCUGCAGAUGUCCUCUCCAAUAUGCGGGUAUUAAUGACACAGGAUUCUAAUGACGCAGAAAGCAGUGCCUUCCUGCUAGAUGAUAACUCGAGCAUUCCCUUCUCGGUAGAUGACUUGUUAAGCUCUUUGCAAGAGAAGGAAUUUAUGCAUGUCAGGUCAGCAGAGGAACUUAUGGAAAACCCGGCCUUCCAAUUUUUACAGGAAUGAUAGGCUCUGUCUAGACCCGAGGAAUUCUCGCAUUAUAAUCUUUAAGUGGUAGAAGUUCAUUACCAUACCAUUUUUCAGCAUUCAUUUUUUCCCUUUCAGUGGGUGUGUAUAUUUGAUGGUGGGAGUAAAAUGUGUAAGAUUUUGUUAGGGGCAAUUUGUAGGGAUGGGAUGAGUGUCACCACCCUCCAUUAAGAGUUCUUCACACAAGAUGCAGAAGACGUUUUGUUCUACACACCGUUGCUUCUGUUCAAUUAUAUUGUUUGUGGAAGGGAAUGUUCUGAGAGUCCCCCUCCCCAUUUUAACUUGUAUAGUAUAUAUAGGAUUAGUACGAAAUAAUGAUUAUAAAGCAGAAUACUCACAAGCAGAUAAAUUAUU